UUUUAUUACCUCUCACGAUGUAGCGGUGCGUCGGAAGCAGCAACACAUGGGAGAGACUGACGUAGCUUGUCAUAAACUUGGCCUCCAACGAAGCCUCCCGGCGCCCCCACGAUGAUUCUCUACCUCCUGCUGAUCCUACUUUGUUCUGUGGUUGUGACUGCCAACGAUCCUUCACGGAUUUUAGGACCAACCGAAAUUGCCAUUGUGGUGAAAGAUGGUUUCUCUAGGUCCGAAGUGGGACUACCCGAGUGUAACUGGAAGGGCAACUGCAGCAGCAGCAGCAGGACAUGCAAUAACGGAACCACCACAUGCGCCUGCCCCUCGGGGUUCAAGAUGAAUAAAGGCUUGUGCGUCUACACAGAGACUGCACUUUCUGACACGGGGGUCAUCUACAAGGUGACUCUGAUCGUGGCAGCGAUCUUCAUGGUCCUAAUUUUCUUCAUUUUCGUCGGGUGCCUCGUCAAGAAGACAUGCGACAGAGCCAGGGAGUACAGUGCCAGGUUACAAGAAGCGAAUGCAUGCUCUGUGUACGUUGUCCCGAGGGAGUUCCAAGGGCUAGAGAAGCCACCCUCAUACAUCGACAUUGUCAAGAUGGAUAACAUGAUAUACGGAGUUCCUCCUCCAGAGUACGGCGAGAGGAAUCCCGGCUCUCCUACCGGAGGUGCAACGCAUGUCCCUCCGGCACCAUUUACACGUCAUGUGCCGCAAGAACCUUUGGUAAACAAUUCAACGCCUUUUUGUUCAGCACAAACAGCAAGUCAGCGAUCGACGCAUGCUGUCUCUGAUGAAGCACAAAUAAAUUUGACGUAACUUUGC